AAUCGAAUUGAAGUAUCCACAAAUUUGUUAUUAAUCUAUUAGUACUGUAUAGUAGUAUAGGAUUCUUCGUCCUUUUUGCUUGCAAAUCGCUUAGGUCUUCAUUGAUCCAUAGAAUCUCACCUCAGUGACAUAUAUCAGUGUUUAAUACGCAGUAACUCGGCAUUCUAUGAUAUAAAUCAAGAACUAGUGAUUAUAUGGUCAUUUGUUAGGCUUAGUACGCAAGUUAUAUCCUGAUUUGUACGAAUUUAGUCCAAAUGCCAUAUUACGAGGAUUCUUCCUGGUCACUAGAUUUUGGCGAUACAGCCGUAGAAUCUAACAAUAUUUAUGACAAGGAAGGAAGUAUAUCCACAAUGUCCUCUAUUUCAAAUGACACUCGGCCCGUGAAUGAGCAUUCUUUGGGCUCAGAUGGAUUGUAUAAUUCCAUUUACGAUUAUCAUACUACCAAGAUGGACGAUCAGACACCAUUACUACAUGGAUACGCCCUAUCAGAUAACAAAGACAGUAUGGAACAUUAUCUAGGCAUCAUCUCUAGGUUAAAUAACGACAUUGAGGAAUUCUCAAAGCUUAUCCAGACUCUUGCACUAUUUAAAUACUAUAUUAGAAAUCGUAAAAGUACGACAAACAUCAGUGAGCUGCACAAACGAUUUAAUGGUGUUUCUGCGAAUUGCUGUGCACGCAUUAAAGACAUACAAGAACAACUAGCAAAGCUUAAUCACGACAAUCAUUAUGUAAUGGUUCACCGUGAAGCGUUGCGAUUUAGUUACUCUGACUUGAGGGCAAGGUUCAAUUUACAAGAUGCUUCUGUAAAGAAGAUAAAGACACUGAUAGACACGUAUCACUCAGUAAUUAAGGAAUACACUGCUAGUGCGAAGAGGACACUUCACCAAGCUGAAACUUUGAAUACAGCUUCUAAAGCUACGGAAAAUGCAAGCAACAUAAUAAGCGAGAUCGACACAAGGGCCAAGGACAUUAUGGCAAUUGAGAAGAAUGCUAGAGACCUCAGUGAACUGUACUCAGAGUUGAAUAUGAUUAUCAAAAAGAGAGGUGAUAAUAUAAGCAGUUUGGAACACCAAAUUUUAUUGUCCGCUGAACAAAUCGAAAAGGGGAAAGAAGAUAUAUCUUUGGCGCUAAAGGAAAGAACCAACAUAAACGGACUCUAUUUCAUGUGUGUUCUGGUUGCAGUAGGCACAUGUUUCUUGAUAAUCCCAUCACACAUACGCUCAAUAGUCUUUGGAGAUUAAAAAUACAAUCUAAAUUAUAGUUUUA